AUGUUAAUCCGAUGGGGCUUGUUAAUCUGUGCCUGCCUCUCUCUAAUCCUAGCCGUACGUUCAUUUGCGCGGGUUGUUGUACCUCUGCGUACCCCCACGUCGGUGGGCAAUCUCUUUAUGCGGUGCGGCGCACCGUUUAGGGUUGCACUCUUCGCCGACCUUCACUUCGGCGAGGACGCGUGGACCGAGUGGGGCCCACAGCAGGAUCUCAGUUCCUUGAGGGUUUUGUCUGAUGUGCUGGACAGAGAGCAGCCAGAUUUUGUGGUUUAUCUUGGUGAUGUCAUCACAGCGAACAAUAUAAUGAUUAAAAACGGAAGCUUAUUUUGGGAUCGAGCUUUGUCUCCCACGCGAGACAGGAAAAUACCAUGGUCGAGUAUUUUUGGCAAUCAUGAUGAUGCUCCAUUUGAGUGGCCGAUCGAGUGGUUUUCGAAAAGUGGAAUUCCUCAAGUUCAUUGUCCUUCAAACGCCUCCUUUACUGGUAAAACCGAGGAAUGCAGCUUCAAAGGCACCACACGUUCCGAACUGAUGAAAAUCGAGAUUGAACAGAACACAUUAUUAUCUUACUCGAUGCAUGGCCCUCAAAAUCUGUGGCCUAGUGUUUCGAAUUAUGUCCUAAAACUUUCAUCGUCAAGUGAUGUUCAAGAACCGGUUGUUUACAUGUACUUCUUUGACUCGGGAGGUGGGUCCUAUCCGGAGGUUAUAUCCGAUGCCCAAGUAAAGUGGUUUAAGCAGAAAUCUAACGAAGUUAACCCUGACUCGAGGGUUCCUGAAAUAAUAUUUUGGCAUGUUCCAAGCAAAGCAUAUAAAAAAGUGGAUCCAAAGUUCAAUCGACACAGGCGUUGUGUGGGCUCGAUUUUCUUUGAGGAUGUUGCUGCUCAAGAAGCUGAGAUGGGGAUUAUGAAAGUUAUCGAGAAAAGGCCUUCUGUUAAGGCCGUGUUCGUGGGCCACAACCAUGGGCUGGACUGGUGCUGCCCACACAAAAAGCUCUGGCUGUGCUUUGCUCGGCACACGGGCUAUGGCGGGUAUGGCAGUUGGGCCAGAGGAGCCCGGAUUAUAGAAAUCAAAGAGAGCCCAUUUUCCCUCAAGUCAUGGAUCAGAAUGGAAGAUGGUCACUUGCACAGUGAAGUCCUCUUGAGCUCUUGA